CAAGGUUUUCGGUCAGACGUCAGUCACAGUGUGAACGUCGGCUCUGAUAAGAUUAUUUUUGGGAGAGGAGCUCAGCUGAGAGUCCACUCAGAUGAGGGAGAGUCCAAACCGUCCUACUACAAACUACAAACUGCGAUUCCAUCAGAUGAUGAAAGCACCAACCUCACAGUGUGCUUGGCCACCGGCUUCAACAGACACAAUGCAUCAGAUUUCAAGCCAGAAGCUGUCAUGAUAAAAGGCGACUCGCUGUACAACCAGGUGACUUUGGUGUCAUCUCCAAAAGAAUGUGGAUUGGCUGAAACUGAUUUAGGUGGAUCUCCGACGUGUGAAGAUAAACUGGAACCAGAUGCAAAGGUGAACCUCAUGACUCUGACCAUCAUGGGCCUCAGACUGCUCUUCAUCAAAACCAUUGUCUUCAACGUCCUGAUGACUCUGCGGCUGUGGAUCAGUCAGUAACUUCACCAGAGGACAAAAAAAACCUCCAAGAUGUCGGAUUCGCAGGACGACUCCCUGAUCAAUUCGACGAAGUCAUCGCUCGGCUUCGCUUCUUCUUCCCUCACUGUCCCAUACGUCUGUUUCAUGUACAGUAACUUGUAUAAAUGUAAUAUCAUCUCUUGAUAUCAUCACACUGUGGACGGAUGUGUUGGAGAAGUUUGUCUGUCUGUCAGUGAUGUUUUAACUCUUUCUGUCCCGCUGAUGUAAAUGUCACAUUUAAUGGACUGUUCGUCCUGCUUUCAGAAAAAAAACACAUUUUUUUUAAAAAACUGCUGCGUGAUAUUUCCUGUGUGCCGCUGUAGAAAUAAAGACUGAAACAAC